AUGAAAUCCAGUAAACGUAGACUCCAGGCGCUCGCAGAGGGUUCUGAAGGUCUUUCAAAUUACCUGAAGAUGGAGGAUUCAGAAACAUCAAUUCCACCAGUUUUUAGAUCACGCUUACACGAGCUGUUUUCGCAGAUUGAAAAAGAAUUUGACCUUCUCUACUCAGAAAAUUUAAAUCUGCAAGAAAAAAUAGAUAUUCUAAGUGAAAAACUUGAACGAGAAAGUUGUGUUGGCGAUAAACAGAAUGCUGAUUACAUUGAGUUUGAGACAACAGGAAAAUCCUCAAAAGCAAAAAUAUCACAGAAUAAUUCUCAGAAGGUGAAAACAAGUCAUAAAUUAAGAGUACAGACAAGUAAAAUUGUGUCCAGUUUUAAGGCCCCGACAUACAACUGCCAGCUUGUAAGGGAGUUUACUGGACACAAAGAUGGUAUUUGGGAUGUGUCUUCGGCAAGACCUGGACAGGCUCUUAUUGGUACUGCUUCAGCAGAUCACACAGCAUGUAUAUGGAGUGUUGAAUGGGGGAAGUGUUUACUCCAGUACACUGGACAUGCUGGUUCAGUAAACUCAUUAAAAUUCCACCCCACCAGGGAUAUUGCUCUGACCAGCAGUGGGGAUAAUACCGCACAUGUAUGGCAGGCUGCAGUAAAUUGGGAUCUACCACGUGGUCAAUCAUCAGAAGAAGAGCUGGAAGGUGGUGGCGAAGAAAGUAUGGGAGAAACCGACAGACCUGAAGUACUGCGGACACCACUUUCCGAACUCAUGGGGCACCAGGGUGUGGUGGUAGCUGCAGAUUGGUUAACUGGAGGUGAACAUGUGAUAACCGCAUCCUGGGAUCGAACCGCUAAUUUAUAUGAUGUGGAGACAGGAGAUUGCUUACAAAUAUUGACAGGUCACGAUCACGAGUUGACGCAUGCGUCUGCGCAUCACAGUUCCCGGCUAGUGGUGACGGCAUCUCGAGAUACUACUUUCCGUCUAUGGGACUUCAGAGAACCCAUACAUUCAGUGUCUGUGUUUCAGGGCCAUACUGAGAGUGUGACAUCAGCCGUUUUUACUCGAGAGGACAAAGUGGUUUCUGGAUCUGAUGACCGUUCUGUUAAGGUUUGGGAUGUCAGGAACAUGAGAUCAGCUCUCGCGACUAUUCGCUCGGAUUCAUCCGUUAACCGGGUAUCAGUGAGCAGCGGUGGAUUAAUCGCCAUACCUCAUGAUAACCGGCAGGUUCGCCUGUUCGAUCUCCAGGGACAAAGGCUUGCGAGACUACCGCGGUCAAGUCGACAGGGUCAUCGUCGCAUGGUGACGUCAGUCGCAUGGUCAGAAGACAUGUCAUCGGGUAUCAAUUUCUUCAGUUGUGGCUUCGACAGGCGCAUUCUCGGCUGGUCCAUACAACCGUCUAAGGAAAAUUAA